AUGGCGCCAAAGAAGAAUUCCAAGAAUAAAGUCCCGAUACAGCCCGUUCCCGAAAAACGGGGCUAUGAAUUCUGUGGCCCUCCCGGCGCGUUCGCAUUUGUGACCUGCCUUCCGGCUCUCAUCUACGGCUUCACCUUCUUUUGUAACGAUGUUUCCGGCUGUCCUGCUCCCUCGCUGCUCAAUCCGUCGACCUUGUCCCUGGAACAAUUGAAGAAGGAGGUUAACUGGCCACAAGAUGGCCUCAAAGGGUUCUUCGACGCUCGUGUGACCUUGUGGGUGUUGAGUUAUUACCUCCUUAGCCUGGUGUUGAACGUGUUUCUACCUGGCGACGAGGUCGAGGGUACGGAAUUAGCUUGCACAGGGAGGCUUCGAUACAAGUUCAACGCCUUCCCCUCCGCCGUGUUGAUCCUCUCCGGUUUAGCUCUGGGCACAUACGUCAACGGUGCGGACUUCGUUGUGUGGACCUUUCUUUGGGAUAAUUACGUGCAGGUCAUUACGGCAAAUUUAAUAAUUUGCACAGCGAUUGCGGUCUUUGUUUAUGCGAGGAGCUUCUCCGUUCCCGCGCCUGGUCAACUCAACCCCGAACUUAGACAAUUGGCACCGGGUGGCCACACUGGCAAUGCCCUGUAUGAUUUCUUCAUCGGCCGGGAGCUCAAUCCUCGGGUGAAGUUGCCUAUUCCUUUCGUCAGCGAGGCUUCACGGACGAUUGACAUAAAAGUAUGGUGUGAGAUGCGGCCGGGUUUGCUUGGGUGGAACAUACUGAACCUGUCCAACAUUGCCCGUCAGUACAGAACAUACGGCUAUGUGACGGACUCGAUCGUUCUUUCCACCGCAUUCCAGCUCUUCUAUGUUUUGGAUGGGCUGUAUAUGGAGCCAGCUGUCCUAACCACAAUGGACGUGAUCAUGGAUGGAUUCGGUUUCAUGCUCUCUUUCGGUGACAUGGUGUGGGUUCCAUUUGUCUACAAUUUCCAAACUCGGUAUCUCGCAGUUUACCCAUUGGAGUUGGGUCUGAAGGGGAUCCUGCUUGUCUUGGCCGUAACUGGCGUGGGAUACUCGAUUUUCCGUGGCGCCAACAACCAGAAGAACCGUUUCCGUACGGACCCCAAUGACCCCCGUGUGAAGCAUAUCAAAUACAUUGAGACAGCCAGUGGAUCCAAGCUGAUGACUUCCGGAUGGUGGGGCAUGGCGCGUCAUAUCAAUUACUUGGGUGACUGGCUGAUGUCGUGGUCGUAUUCGCUGCCCACUGGGUUUGCUGGUUAUACUAUUAUCGAAAGCAUCAACCAGGCCGGCGACGUGCAGAAGCAGGUCGUACAGAAUCCUGAGGUCCGUGGCUGGGGAAUGAUUUACACCUACUUCUUCUUGAUCUAUUUCGGCGUCCUGCUUAUCCAUCGCGAGAGACGCGACGAAGAAAAGUGUAAGAGGAAGUACGGUGCCGAUUGGAACCGCUAUACGUCUCUUGUCCGCAGCCGCAUCAUCCCUGGUAUCUACUAG